UAACCAAUGAAAAUGAGCGUUACUUGUCCUGAUGGAAGAAACAUAACACAUGUGCAAGAUUAUGAAGAAAAUCUAAACUUGGAAAGAAAAUGACAGAUUUCAAAGAAGAACAAAACAAUGAAAUAGAGGCUUUGGAGUCGAUUUAUCCAGAAGAAAUCGAGGUGCUGAAGACAGAACCGUACCAUGUAUUUACCAUCAAAAUUUCUUCACAAGAGUCUGAUCAAUCCACAGAGGACGUGGAGCCUGCUUCCUGUGAAAUACAGUUUUCUUAUGUGGAAAAGUAUCCUGAGGAACCCCUGGUGUUUGAAAUUACAGACAGUGAAAACCUGGAGGAUGACACAUUAGAGGAAAUAACCAGUCUAAUCAAUGAACAGAUAGAGGAGAAUCUGGGAAUGGUAACAGUGUUUACAAUUGUAUCAGCGGUGCAGGAAAAGCUGACCACCUAUGUAGAGGACUCUAAGAGGAGGAAAGAGGAGGAGGCAGAGAGGAAACAGAGGGAAAUAGAGGAAGCAGAGCAGAAACGAUUUGAAGGAACAAAAGUCACAGUGGAGACAUUUUUAGCCUGGAAGGCAAAAUUUGAUGCAGAAAUGGCUGAACUGAAGAAAGAAAAAAUUCAAAAAGAGAAAACAAAGGGAUUAACAGGAAAAGAAAUGUUCCUUAGAGAUUCCUCCAUGAUAGAUUCAGACUUGCAGCUUCUAGAGUCAGAGGAGGAUGGAGUAGAAGUGGAUGAAUCACUCUUCCAGGACAUGGAUGACCUUGACCUUGAAGAUGACCUUGAAGAAGCAGGAGAUUGAUGAUAAUUUAUAACUUAGUCUAUUAAAUUUGUAAAUAUUUA